UCUGGCAUGAUUCUUCGGAUAAGGACGGAACUGAACUGAAGUGGAAAUCUCACACACACGGCUGCCGUCUCCAAUCCGACAAAGACUCAGAUAAAGCCAGUAAUCCCAGCUGCUUUCCCUCCAAACAAUCUGAUGAAGAGGAACCUUGUGUUGGGGUCAAGAUUGCUCAGAACAAAGCCGUUGCUAGCCGUAGUUCUGAUGAGCAAGAUCAUCGCAAUGAGAAGUUGAGUCAUGGAUGUAGAUUCAGCAAUAAGAGCCUUACUGGAGUAAAUGGAAGAGUUUCAGGCCGACGGCCACCACUGCAUCCCAAACCACAAGUGCCUCCUAAACCAGCACACCUUCAGAGUCCGGUGACGGAAGUCUCCUUUCCUCUGGCUGCUGGAACAUCACCCAUCAAUCCCAGCAUGGAGAGGGGAGGAGUAGGAGGAGCAUUAGGGAGGGGCCUAGUGUCCAACCUCAUCAGUCGCUUUGAGGAGAACAGUCACACAGACAGUCGGAGGGAGGGCGCUCCUCUGAAGCAGGUCAGCAGAUCUCCCAACUGCAGCCCGGCUCACAAAAACUACCAGAGACAGACGGAGCAGCCCACAGACUCCAGCUCUGCUGCGAACAGCCCACGUCAUGCUCUCAAACCCCCCAAUGGGGUUCUAACCCAAAAGAACAGAGAACAGGACUGGAAUCAGGACAUGGAUGGAAUUACGCACGACACAGUUCCGGUCAUGAGGAUAGACAGGCAGGGACUGCUGAAUGGAGAUGCGAGCGAUGGGGCUAAGAGGGAAAUUAUGGACGAGGACUGUGCAGACCCGCCUCACGCUCACAUAGAACAGGCCGAGGAGGAGAGGAAAGUGCCGGAGCAGCAUGACGUUGUGAUGAAUAGCAUCCCAGAACAGAAGGAAACCAAUGAGCAGAAACUCUUCAAGAUAGCAAAUGAACUUCUGCAGACAGAGAAGGCUUAUGUUGCACGACUCAACUUACUAGAUAAGGUGUUUUAUGCCAAGCUGAUAGAAGAAGCCAGAAAAGACACGUUCACCAUGGAUGUGGUGAAAAACAUCUUUUCCAACAUCUCUUCCAUUCAUACCUUCCACAGCCAGUUCCUUCUGCCUGACCUGGAAAAACGCAUGGGAGAAUGGACGUCAACACCUCGCAUUGGGGACAUCCUACAGAAACUCACUCCCUUUCUGAAGAUGUACGCUGAAUAUGUGAGGAACUUUGAUCAUGCCAUGGAUCUGCUGAAGCAAUGGACAGAUCGAUCGCCUCCAUUUAAAGCCAUCAUUCUGGAAAUCCAGAGUCAAGAAGCAUGUGGCAGUCUGUCGCUGCAGCACCACAUGUUGGAGCCUGUUCAGAGAGUGCCACGAUACGAGAUGCUGCUCAAAGACUAUCUGAAGAAACUUCCUCAGGAUCACAUAGACCGGCGGGAUGCUGAAAAGUCUUUAGAGAUUAUUGCCAUGGCUGCCACUCAUUCCAACACCGCCAUUAGGAAAACAGAAAACCUUAAGAAAUUGCUGGAGAUUUAUGAGAUGCUGGGAGAGGAAGAGGACAUUGUGAACCCCUCAAAUGAGUUAAUAAAGGAGGGUCAUAUUCUAAAACUGGCAGCCAGAAACACUUCAGCCAUGGACAGAUAUCUCUUCCUGUUCAACAACAUGCUGCUGUACUGCGUUCCCAAGUUUAGCUUGGUGGGACAGAAGUUUACGGUUCGCACACGUAUCGGGAUUGAAGGCAUGAAGGUGAUGGAGACGUACAAUGAGGAUUAUCCUCACACCUUUCAGGUUUCCGGAAAGGAACGGACACUGGAGCUGCAGGCCAGCUCUGAACAGGAUAAAGAAAGCUGGAUAAAGGCAUUCCAGGAAACGAUACACAUCUCUCUCCAGAAAAAUGAGACCUUUAAGUCAGCAUUCAAAGAUGUGGAGGAAGUAACGGAUCUUAAGAUAUCAGAGCUGGGUAAAAGAGCCCCUCGCUGGAUCCGAGACAAUGAGGUGACCAUGUGCAUGAAGUGCAAAGAGUCCUUUAAUGCCAUCACACGCAGGAGACAUCACUGUCGGGCCUGUGGAUACGUGGUCUGCUGGAAGUGUUCAGACUACAAAGCCACUCUGGAAUAUGAAGGGAAUAAGAUGAACAAGGUGUGCAAAGACUGUUUCUGCAUCCUGACAGGCCAUAUAGACAGUGAGGAGAGGGAGGGCAAGAAGAAGGGCAUUCUAGAGAUUGAAGCUGCUCAGUUCUCGGGCAACAGUAUCAUGUGUGGCUUCCUGCAGUACUGCGAGAAGAACAAGCCCUGGCAGAAAGUCUGGUGUGUCAUUCCUCAAAAGGAAGCUCUAGUUCUCUACUUGUACGGAGCACCUCAGGAUGUCAAGGCCCAGUCCACGAUUCCUCUGCUCGGCUACCUGGUGGAGGACAGCCCAAGACCCACCGACCCUCCCGUGAGCUUCAGACUAUCUCAGUCUAAAUCAGUCCACAGCUUUGCAGCAGAAAGCGAGGAACUGAAACAGCGCUGGCUCAAAGUGAUCCAUAUGGCGGUGACAGGAGAGGUACCAAAACCGCCUGAAGACAACCAUUCUACGGAAAUCACCCAAGAGCCGAGCUCUAACGGCGUCUGAGCAAAGAGAGCAAACUCUUGUUGAAGAUUUUAGUACUGACGUGGCAAUGCUGUCGGUAAGAAAAGUGUUGACGCUCCCGCUUGCUGCGCCAUCUCUGCUGGUCCAGUUGUCCUGAAGAUCCAUUUGGAUUUGAACACAUCCAGAAUACGGGGCUUUAAAGCACAUGGAUAUCAGCUUCAUCCUUACCUGACAGAUUUGAAGUUCACAAAGGAUGCAGACGGAGCACAUGUGAAGAGUACAUGGAGAAACAGACAUGCUAUUCCAUCAUCACACUAUACUACAGCUGACGCAGCACUGUUUUAAGCCUAAUGUAAAAAUUGUACAAAUCAGAACAUUUACAUGUUGUAUGUAUAGUAUAUUGAGGCAAAAAUCCAGAUGUGUUGACACCAUUGUAAAAAAAAAAUAUGAUUUGUAUAUGCAGGACAAGAUUGCAAUUUACUGCAAAUAUAAAUUGCAUUCAGAUGCAAAAUGCUCUGCAUGCAAUAGAAGCUCCUUCAUUAUGGCCAGCAGACAUGGUGUGUUAUCACAGUUGUUGAUCCUAGGUUGAGUUGCAGCGGUAUAUCAUGGUAUUAAAAUUCACGAUUGAAUCUCA